AUGGGGCUUAAUUUGAUGAAAGUCUUUUUAACAUUCUUUUUGAAAAUAUUCCAAGUGGAGAGGUUGUUAAAGUAUCAAGAGAUUGUUUUUGCUACAAAAAAUCUGACUGUGCUAUUUUUCCUACAGCCCGCAGACAGCUGUUAUUAUCAGGGUACAAUACAAGGGUAUAAAGAUUCUUCAGUAGCACUAAGCACAUGCCAAGGUUUAGAGGGUGUGAUAUUUGAUGGAAAAGAAACAUUUUAUAUCCAGCCACACAAGAAAAAGGCUGAUGUUAUAAGUCAUAUAUUGUACAGAACAAAGGACAUUAGGCUCUCUAAUGCUGUCUGUGAUCAGCAUAAUAGUGUAAAUUAUUCUAGUAUAAUGAAAGCAAAYCACAGGGUUCGCAGAAGUUUAGAAUCUGAGACGAAAUAUAUUGAGUUGGUAAUCGUGAAUGAUAAUAAACAGUUUCAACAUUUUAAGGGUGAUAUGACUAAAACUAUCCAAAGGUCGAGGACUGUUGCUAACAUUGUAGAUUCUCUAUACCGUGCUCUUAAUAUACGUGUUGCUCUAAUUGAGCUGAUUAUUUGGAAUAAAAAUGAUGCAAUUACUGUUGAACAAGACUCCAGCCAAGCUUUGGAAAAUUUUAACAAAUGGAGAAAUACUGAAUUGGUUAAGAAGAGGAAACUCAAGCAUGACAAUGCACAGCUUUUGACUCAUGUAGAUUUUGAAGGGCCAACAGUUGGUAAAGCACAUGUGUUGUCAAUGUGUACUUCAAGAUCUGCUGGAGUGGUGCAGGAUCACUCAGCUAAUGCUGCAUCAACAGCUUCAACAUUUGCUCAUGAAAUGGGUCAUAACCUUGGCAUGGGACAUGACACUGAUGUAUGUAAGUGUGAUGCCAAUAAAGAGACUCAACAUUGUAUCAUGUCAGGAGUGGCAAGAUCUGUGCCUGCUACAGAUUGGUCAUCUUGUAGUCGUAAACAGCUAAAUACUAUGCUAGAAAAAGGCUUGGAUUCAUGUCUCUAUAAUGUGCCUAAGAAGUUCUAUGGCAGUCCAGUUUGUGGGAAUGGCUUCAGAGAAGAAGGCGAAGAGUGUGAUUGUGGCAGCACUAAGGAAUGUGAAAAGUACAGCGAUAAUUGUUGUAAUUCUACAACAUGUAAGCUUAAGCAAGGAGCAGAAUGUAGCCAAGGACUUUGUUGUGACAAGUGUAAGUUCAAAGCUUCACAUGUUGUUUGUAGAGACAAAGUCAAUGAAUGUGACUUACCUGAACACUGCACUGGAAAAUCAGAGCAGUGUCCUGGAAAUAGAUUUGUUUACCAUGGAAAACUUUGUAAUGAUGGAAAGGGCUAUUGCAACCAAGGAGAGUGCCCAACUCUAGAAGGACAAUGCGAACUGCUAUGGGGCAGCAAUGUCAAUUCAGGACCAGAACUUUGUUAUACUUUAAACAUGAGAGGAAACUAUGCUGGAAGCUGUAGUAAACUACCCGAUGGGUCAUUUGUUAAAUGCAAAUACGAGGACAUAUACUGUGGCAUGCUUCACUGUACAAACACAAAAACCAAUCUACCAAUCAUUGGUACCGAGCGCACUGCGUACAAAUACAAGUGGCAUAUUGAUGGCAAGUUGAUUGAAUGCAGGAGUACWUCUGUUGAUGUUGGGACAGAUACAGAUGACCCUGGCAUGGCAAGAGAAGGMACCAAAUGUGGCGAUGAAAAGGUUUGCAUAUCCAAUCAAUGUAAGAAUGUAACUGAUUUACUGGAAAGGAAUACAAAGUGUCCUGGAGAUUGUUCAGGAAAUGGGAUAUGUGACAGCAAUGGUGAAUGCUACUGCAACGACUGCUGGACAGGGAAUGAUUGCACCAAGUCAACACCAUGCUUAGAUGUUGCUGCUCGUUCUGGCCACUCUAAGUUAGCAGGGUAUAUCAUCCUGGUGUUUGURAUUAUMUCAGUGAUCGUCGCCUUGGUUGCGGCAUUUAUUUACCGAGAUAAACUAAAAGCGAAAUGGCAGCAACGAAGACAACCUGGAAGAAGAUAUGAAACCACCCAUUCAACGUCACCAUCACAAACCCCUAAAGCAAGUGACACACAACGACAAACUUCUAGAGAUUCCAAGCAAAAACCAAGCGUUUACUCAAAUCCUGGUAAAAUCGAUCUUCCUAGCUGGCCUUCUGAUAGUUCUACUAAUCAAGAUAUCAGUCGAGUACCUAGACGGCCUCCCCCUGGCCCUCCUAGUUCACAUCGGGCAUCUAGUCCCCCCGUUAGUUCAGUUAGAGAUAGUCCUUUAUUUAGUCAAAGACCAGAUAGUUAUGCUGGUGUACUAGAUAGGCGACCACAGCCAAGCUUUCCUGUGGACAGUGUGAAUAGGCCAACUAAGACUACUAGCGAUCCUGUACUGCCACCUAUCMAUCAGUCUGUUAGGCCAUCAGAUUUGAAAAACAGUCAACAAACUGCUUUAAAACCACCCAAACCACCUGUACCUAGUCAUAGACCAGGAAGAGCAGCACCACCACCACCUACUAGACCAGGAUUACCGCCUCGAGUAUAGRGAUUGUUGGCCACAUAAGAAUUUAGAAUAGAUUAUAAAAGUCGUUAAGAUGACAAAAAUCGAACGCAGAAUGCUAUCAAACUUWAGAGCUGAAUAUCUCAAUCUUUACGCGUCAAAAUAUAAUGUUUACGGACUUUCGUCGGAGGAUUAUUUUCACAACCUGAACGUCCAAAAAUUAUCAGCAUUUUCACGACGUAAAAAUUACUAUUUUCCUCCAAAAUUAGGAGAAAGAAUGAUUCAAUCAUAGAAUGUACAUACAUUGUCUUGAUUAGAAUCAUAAUCAACAUUAAUGAAUGGCAAUAUUCAUUUGUGAAUUAUUAACAAUUUUUCUUUGUAUACAAGAAGAAUCAUAAAAUAUCAAAAGUUAUUGAGAAAUAGCACAUGCAACGUCAUGUAAAAUUGCUAAAUAAGCAUGCCUUUCGUGUAAAACGCAACCAUUAGGAAAAUCAUCAAUCCACAACUCAAGUAUGAGUUUUUCAAUGUAGACAUUUGGGCUCUAGCAUAUGACGUCAAAGCAGCUUUAUCUGGAGGGCAAACAAUACAUUUUUCUGUUCCCCAGAUAGAACUGUAUUUCCAUGAGUCAGAAGGGGACCCCAUUCUUUCAUAGCGGAGGCUCUCUCGUUGUAGCUCCCACGAGUAAAACAGCAACAACCAGAGAGGCUCUACUAUAAGGGAAGGGUCCCCAUUAUUCUAGUUAUUUCAUGCUGCAGGUGUGGCUUAAAUCAUACAUGUUAAAUAACUGAAGUUCACUGGAUGAACUGAUUAAAUAUAUUAUUUCAAUUUUAACAUUGAUAAUGGAAAUUGUUGAUCUGAGAGCGAUUAGAAUUUCUCCUAAAUUAGCGUAUAAUCUUGAGUCAGACUUUAAAUUUUCAAGUUUCGAUUUCAAGUUUCAAUUUCAGCUUCAUUUAAGCAUGUUUAUGAAAAUUUAAUACCGGACUUUGAGUCUUGCAAUUCUUCGCGAUCGACCAUUUCCAUUAUCAUAUGUCAAUGAAAUCGGUAGAACUUGUUUCUGUCUCUUUUAGGACAAAAAUGCACGGACACUGAAGUUUGUAUAAUUUUUUUAAUUCAAUAGUAGCGGUGAAUCUAGAAAUUUAAUAUUUGUACUAGUGCAAUUUGUUUUAAAGUUUAGGAAUAUAAUGUUUAGAUAAACAUGAAAAAUAUGUAAAUCAAUCAAAGGAUUUUAAUUAAUAGUUUGGUUCAAAUUCCA